AUGUCCACACCAGCAAAGAGAAGACUCAUGCGUGAUUUCAAGCGCAUGCAACAAGAUGCCCCCAGUGGAGUGUCAGCAUCGCCGUUACCUGACAACGUGAUGUCUUGGAAUGCAGUUAUCAUAGGCCCAGCCGAUACUCCGUUUGAAGACGGAACGUUUCGACUCAUAUUGCAGUUUGACGAGCAAUAUCCCAACAAGCCCCCAACCGUCAAGUUCAUAAGUGAAAUGUUCCAUCCAAACGUGUAUGCCUCAGGAGAAUUGUGUUUAGAUAUCUUGCAAAACAGAUGGUCGCCCACCUACGACGUGUCGUCGAUCUUGACAUCGAUCCAGUCAUUGUUGAACGACCCCAACAUCCUGUCACCAGCCAACGUGGAGGCAGCCAAUCUCUACAAGGACCACAGAUCGCAGUACGUCAAGAGAGUCCGAGAAACCGUGGAAAAUAGCUGGAAUGAAGACGACUUGGACGAUGACCUGGACGACGACGAUAUUGACGAAGAUUGA